UAGGCUCACUCAGUUAGCCGCGGCUCGCCACGCCGGUCGCCGGGUGUUUGCUCGAACUUUAUGUGAACGUGACCUGUGACCAAACAGUGCUUGUGUGUGUUAAAAUACGGAAAACUAACGCAUGUCAGACGUUGGAUGGUGAUUUGUUAAUAAUCGGUACAGAACCAGUAGUGAUUGAUAUGUGCUAGUGCUGUGACGUGUUGAAGUUUUAGUUUAUGAUGUGAACAGUUGUCAGUGAGUGACUAUGCCGUCUGACAGUGGCUCCACUUGGUCGCCGCCGGCCUCCAACAGCGAGAGGAGAUUGAGUAACUCUUCAGAUGGCAGCGCCGGCAGUGGAUAUUCUAAGGCUACAACAGACAGUGCUGACUUCCUCACAACACGGCCGCACACAGCAGCGGUGUUGCCGGGGAAGCCGGCGACGAACCCGCUGCAGUUCGUGCGGGUCGCGCCCGCCGACCUGGGCAGCCGCGCCCGCGAGCAGCUGCGGCGGGCCGAGCUCGCCAAGCGGACUGAGCCCGCGCGGGUGGAGCGCCAGGAGGAGUGGCAGUCAAAUCUGGACAACUGGAAAUCUUCGCGGCGGAAGCGAGUAGAACAUAUCAUAGAGCGGUGCGUGGAAGUGAGACGGAUGGAGAACGAGCCCAGCCAGCCGCGGGCCAAGUCCAAAACAUUCAACGAAAUGCUGGAAGAACGAGCGGGGAGACGACGGGUGCCCCUCCCGCUGUACGCAGAGGACGAUGGGCACGAUCUCAGCGACCUCGGUAUCGGCACCUCAAGCACCAAGAGCAGCCUCAGCGAGGACUGCGACACACACAGCUUAGCCAGCGAUGGAAUGGACUUAGACAAGAACCAUUCAGACGUCGACAACUUGUCGAACUGCGAUAACCGUAAGCUGGGCUCCAGCGCCAACGAAUACGACACCUGCACGACCAUGACUAUCAGCUCCCCUGAACCUGAGGAGUACACUUAUGAAGGAGCUAUAGAGGGCUACAAGUCACGAAUAAUCUCCCAAACCAACAGCACUAUCGUCAAAACUGUCGUUAACAAUUCCAAAGAAAAGUCCCCAGAUAAAAUCAACGGUGACCUAAACAGAAUCAGAACGUCAGUCAGCAACAAAAUAGAGGAAAAGGUUUCAUCGUUCCAAAGGGAAAGAGCUGACGAACGAAAUAAUAACCAGAAAAAAGACCUACCUAAGGUAGAUAUACAUAAACGAAGAGAACAGUUCGAAAGAGAAAAUUCACAAGAGUCACAAAACAAACCAAAAUUACCUGAUAUUGCAAAUAAAAAGUCAAUUAAGGAAAGACUUUUCAGUUUAGAGAGGUUCACGGAAGAAACACAUAUUCAAAAAUCUACGAGCGACCUGAACAAGUUACCUACAGAAGUGAAACCACUAAAAGAGCGGCUUUCCAACCUCGAAAAGGUCAAGUCUGCAUCUACAGAACCUGAUAAGGCUAAAAGACUUUCAAAUGGAGACCUCGGUAAUGCAAAGUCUUUGAAAGAGCGUCUCUCAAGUCUCAAGUCACAAACAUCUGAAGAGGAAAAGAUUACCAAAACGGAGGUAAAAGAAGUCUCUAUGAGUCUUAAAGAGCGCCUUUCAUGUUUAGACGCAGCUAAAAACAAGGAAAUACCUAAGAUAUCGGUAGAAGAACAAAUUAUGGUUACGGAAAAAGCAGUAGCCAAAGAAGAGGAUUUUAACGAUAAUCUCUCACAGAACUCAUUAAAAGCCAGUUUGACAGGUAUAGAAAAUCAAAUGCAGAGUUUCUGUCGUUCUCUUGACAGUUUAGACAUUAAUGGUCAAACAUCACCCAGCUCUUUUGAAAGAGUUCAAAGUUUCGAAGACUUUGAUUGCGCUGAUAUGCAAAACAACACUGCCCAGAGUGAUAUUGAAACUGAAGAUAGUGGAAUUCAUACCGCACGAGACUCUGCUCCGGCAGAUGAUAUCGCAGACUUAACACAAGUAGCUUCUCCAAUAGGAGAGCCGAUGGUUGAAAUAUCCGAAUACGAGUCCUCUAAUGAAGAUGGUGCGAUAGCAUUGCAGCCAAUCAAAAUCGAAGAACCUAUGGAAAUAAUGUCUGAACCCAUACAAUCGAUACCAGAAGACAUUGUUAUUGAAGAAAUUGCACAAGAGGAAGCUCAGGAUAUCAGCAAAGCAGAUUCCGAUAGCGCAAGUAACUAUCUUCAAGCUGUAUCACAACCAGAGGAACUUAGCGUUACUGAAGAAGUGACGGAAAUUCAGAUGGAUAAGGAAGAUGAAGAUACGCUUAAGAGUUUGGAUAAUCAGGAUACUAGUGUAAGUUUGAAUGAACCGGUCUCCACGGGCUCGGAGGGUGAUACGGUGGUGUUCGAGGGCAAGAUGACUAUUCACCUCAACUUAAACGAAAUUUGUAACAACAAAAACACUGGUGCUGGGAACAAUACUAACCUUAAGGAAACUAGCACUACUAAUGAACCUACUAACCGCAAGAGCAUGCCAAUGGUAAUCGAUGCAUUGGAACUGGCCUUCCAAGAGCUGGACUCCGAAGACAGUUGCGUCAACAAUAGCACCAUGGAAGACUCAGUAAAAGAACUAAAACAUACAGAAACUAAGACAAAUGAUGUCCUUGACUUUACGGAGAAGUCAGUUACGCCUCUGUAUGAGAACAUGGACAUGUUCUUUCAAAACCCGGUAGAUGACGGGGCGGCUUUCCCACUAGAUUUGCCUACUAAUGUUAUGGAGCCACCUAAAGAGAAGCCACCUCCACCGCCUACAGAAGAUGACGAACUUCUUGGCAAUGGUAACUUCAAGCACACAAGUUCUGCGCGUAGAAUAAAGAAGGAAAUCCGCAACAAACGCACCAGCUUCCUCGGCAUCGAAGGCCAAGUCGACGACUACCUGGACGCUGACCUCUCCGCGCCUCGGCCCGACAUCACCUCCUUCCUUCAAGAGGAAACGAAGAUCGAGAAACUUCUCUAUAAGAGAACACUGUCCCAUGACAAUGCAAAGUUGAGAGACAGCAGAGAUUCCGGAGUGGAUGUGGAUCGAGGACCGUCGGCGGAAGCGUGGUACAAGCAGUCAUCGCCGGAGACGUCGAAUCCUCAUAGCAGACAGAACAGUGAGCCAUACACUCACGUAACGGUAACAUCAGACGAAGAAGAAACUUCAAAGAAAUCCGACAAUUUCGCUGCAAACUUGACCUCCAAACUGACAGACCUGGCGCAGCCUGACAUCGACAAUCUCGACAAGAAGCUACAGGAACAACAGGGAUGCACUAACGAGGAUUGGCCUGACGGGCACGACGAUGCUCACACAAAGGAGGUUCUGCGUUUUGAACGAGAACUUUUGCAAUUGGAACAAGAAGAGCUAAGAAGACAACGAGAUAAUUUAAUGAGGGAUCAGACUAGGAUCAUCCAGAAGUCUGUUCAGGAUGUAUCCGAGAAACCACCUCAAAGGAAGGCUGCUAGUGAAAAUCAUCGACACUCAAUGCCCAACUUACUAGUAAAUGAGCCCUAUGUUCCUGUGGAACCUCAGCCAGAAGUGAAAUACGAUGAGAGUAUAAAACGGAAGCCAUUUGUGUCGGAAGAGCAUAUCCAGAGGCAUUUUGGUGUGGAAGAGAGUCGGAAGGUGUUGUAUGAAGACAGCAGGGAAGAAGUAAGGAGACGGCCGCCACAGCCCGUUCUGCCGCCGAAGCCACGGAGUCGAGAGUCCAUCGAAAGGGAGAUUACUAUGAGGAGUAGCAGAGUGCCUUCAGCGGUGGAAUAUGCCAACGUGGAGCGCACGGCGCAUGUGCAGCUGCGGUCCAAGCCUGCGCCGGCGCCCGCUCCAGUGAUGCCUAAUGGCAACUACCAUCCUAUGACUCGACAUACCUUGCAGGCACUAAGCGCAGCUCCAACGCCGAAGCUGAUCUCCGGAAAUGAAUGGCUGGCGCAGCGUGCGCGCAAACCUGCGGGGUACAACUACAACCAGCACUGGCUCAUACAGGAGGCAGAACAGAGGCGUAUCGACGAGCAACGAAGCAAGCUGCGCGCUGCGCAGAGGCACUCCUACCAUCAGGACAUGCCAGCCUCGACGCUGCUCAACAUGCAUCAUAUUAGCACAAGCCAACAACAUUUGCCGCAAGAAUACAAACGUCUAAUACGCGCCGAUACGGACCGUCCGACCGUGCCCCCUCCCGUCCGGCCCGAACCUCCGCUCAGAACCACCUCCUGCCCUAGGGAGCUGCGGGAACUCAGACCAGAUAUCAGGGAACAAUCCCGAACGCAGACCUCGCCUAACGCCAAGAUCUCGCCUAGGAUAGAAAGCUUGGAGAAGAGAGAAGCGAAGAGUGAGCCGAGAGAAGAUAAGCUGCUGAGCGUGAGCGGGAGAAGGAAGUGCUCGCACUGUGGAGAGGAAUUGGGUCGCGGGGCCGCCAUGAUAAUCGAGUCGCUCUCGCUGUGCUACCACGUGUGGUGCUUCACGUGCGCGGUGUGCGGCGCGGCGCUGGGCGACGGCCGCGCCGGCGCCGACGUGCGCGUGCGCGCGCGCCGCCUGCACUGCCACCACUGCUACAGCGGCGACGACGGACGCAAGUACAGCGCGGUCUAGCGCAGCGUA